AUGGCCCAGGUCAUACCUCCCAUCUCGCUCACUCAUAUCUUCCUUCUCUCCCCCAUCUCUCCCCCCCGUACUCGGCCGACAUUGCCGCCACCCUCCUUGCCCGUCGCCCCCGACUUGCGACGACUGCCGAUCUUUAUAAUCAACCUCCACCAGACAUCACUCCCAUCAGACUCUGGGGCUGCACCCUCAGUCGAGGACAUCCAAGACCGCUUGCCGUCUAUAUGUGUUGACUAUCUCUCACAUGACUGGUCGGAAGAGGAUGUCUGGGCAUCAUGGCGUAAUAUGACUCGUCAUAAGCAUGAGAUCGCCAACGGCGUCCGGCUAGAGAACGCCAGUUGGCGAACGUGGAACAAACAGAGGAACAAGCUCAAGACUAUCAGCCCCGAGACUCUCAAUUGGUUGAAGGAUUCAGAUGUCACUUGGUUGUACGGACCUCUCCACACCGCCAACGUCGAGCCUGUCCGUCCGCUCAAGGUGUCCUCCACCGACGAUCGGCUGGGCAUCGAUCGUCCAAACCCCGACGCCAAGAAGCCUAUUCUCAAGCACCGAACCCUUUCGGAGAUGCUCACUAUCGCGUCCCCUUCUUCCCCUGGGCACGAAGGCUCUGACGGUGAUCAUGCUCAGCCUUCUGAUGAUGAAGACCGCCCCAAGCUGCUUCUCCAGACCAAGUCGGACACCAACAUCUUGCGUAAUCGCAGUGCUGUUCUGGCCCGUCAAAAGAGCCCAGAUCGCCAUCAUAAUCACAACUUCGACAAGAGCCCAUCUGAUGAGAACGGCCCCACUUCCCCUACAGAUUCUCAACAGAACAGUAGCAAGAGGCACAUCAGCUUCAACACUUUUGUCGAGCAGUGUAUUGCUGUCAGCGAUCCCACCGAAAACCAGCAGCAUCACCAGCAGCAGCAGUCGCAGUCGAACAGCCCUAGCGACUCGGACGAUGAAAUGCUCGAGAUCAAACCGUCUUCUUUGAGCUCCAGCAGUCGCUCUUCUCGGGAGUCUCGUCCAAGCUUGAGUCGUAAUUCGUCUACCGGCUCGUCCGAACAUCUCACGAUUGCAAUGAUUGCGCCCACCAUGCUGAAGACUGGGCCGGGCCACAAUCCCGAUCUACCUUGUGUCUACGCACCGCCGUCCGAGUACCAGUCUCCGAGCGAUGAUAGAACAGAUUCCUACGAUUUCCCUUCGCCUCAGAUCGACCCCUCCACGGGCAAGUGGCAAGAAGAAGACGAAGACGAAAGCGGCCGCGACAGUGGACCCUAUGACUAUUUCCAUGGUCCCAACCUGGGAGGCAGUGAACAGAAGAAGGGACAGGCUAUUCCCAAUAACAGCGGCCCCUAUGGUAACGGACGGCCCCCUUCUGGCUCGCCUCCUUCAAAAUACCGCAUUGCUGUCGAUCAGGAACGCAACGAUGCGUCUCCUGCCCCUUCUUCCAACCCCUCUGCCAAUGUCGGCAGUGUCACCUCUCCCCCUCAGCGCGGUAUCCUCAAAGUACGUCCUCCGGGACAAGUUCCCCCUCCCGAGCCAGCUUCACCGCCCUUGGCGUACUUCAACUACACUCCUUCUGCCGCGACAGGUAUUGGUGGUAUGCGGGGAACGUCGCCCUACGACCAAGCUGGUCCCACUGGAUCCCCGGUGACUUCUCCUGGUGCGGAAGAGCGUGGACGCGGAAGGACUCCUUCGCGGGAGCGAUUGCACGACAGGUCUUCUUCUCGUGGUACAUCCACCAGCUCUCUCAGCUCUUCCUCUUCGCGCUCUCCCACCGAGAAUACUGCUGGGGGUGUCUCCCUGCGAAAGGUCCAAACUCCUCCUCAGCUAGACCGGGUUCAGGAAGAAUCGCACAAUAGCGCCGGGGGAGACCAGACUCCCAGGAAAGGCGACGGCGUCAAGCCGAAAGGCAUCGAUCUGCCUGAGGCUCAGCCUGUAGAGCCUGGAUCCCCCUCGCUCGCUACUCCGGCCGAGCCUGAUGAGAAGCUCAAGGAUUAUGUGGCCGAUAGGUCGUCAACUCCUACUCCUCAUUCUUCUCCCCAGAUCACAUUUCGCCCUUUAAAAGACACAUCUCCCGCAUCCCUUCCCCAUACAUCCACUCAUAACAAAGCGCGAUCUCCCGACCUUCCCAAAGCCGACCCUCCUACCUCUGUUCCUUCUGCCGAUAAAUCCAAUAAUUCUGGCGCUCGUGCUACGAUUGCCCACGUUGGCACGAAUGCCCAACCCACAUUAUCUCAACCUAUAGAGGAUGAUGAUGGGGCGAGCAUCAUGGGGCGCGCGGCAAACAUUGCCAGCACAGCAAAAGAUCUGUUGGGUUCUCUCUGGUAUGGACAAAAUGAGGGCCAGGGGCAAGGCCAAGGUCUGGGUCAACAUCCCUAUCAACAGCAGACGCAACCAUUGCCAGGGGCUCAGGUGCAUGGCGGGAAUGCGAGGAGGAGGGCGGGUUCCAGCUAG